UAGAAAUUUGCAUUGACAAGGACGGAGAAAAAAGUUUUUCUUCCAUUUUUGCCACCUCUCUGUAGCGGUUGCCAAUUGUUUCAGGCCACCUUCUCCACUUUUCUUCCUUCCUUCUCAUGGUUUCCUCCGUCAAUCCCAAUGCUUCCUCUUUGAAUUUCUCGUUCCAUAAUUCAACCCUUUUCUUCUUCUUCCUUCCAUUUGCUUCUUCCUGAUCUCUCCAUCAAGUUUCUUUCAAACCCUUUUCGUUUUUGAUUUCUUGUUUCAAUGGCUCCGAUCAAGCUCAAGCAAUCCCCCAAUUCCGCUGCCAAAUCUGUUGCUUCUUCCACUGAAGCGCGCAUUCUCGUUCGGGAAACUCUGCGCAUUAGUGCUAGUUUGGCUUCUGUUCCUCCUGUUGAUUCUGUCCCCCCGACGCUCUCCCUCGCUGGGCCACAGGCGAGGAACCUUGGUAUUGUGGAGAAUCAGUUUCUUGAUUCCAGUUUGAGGUUGAUUUGCUGCGAGGAAAUCGAUGGCCGCAGGUGGAAUUAUGUUGCUGAUAAUGAGCCAUCUGGAAGGUCGAAGAACGCCUCGAUCCGCGCUGUUUGUUUGCAAACACCGCAAGCUCCUAUUGAUGAGAUGAUGUCCUUCAUAAGAUCCUAUGUAGUCCCAGAAGGCUUCCCCGAUAGUGUUACCCCUUCAUAUGUACCUUACAUGACGUGGAGAGCUUUGAAGCACUUCUUUGGUGGAGCAAUGGGUGUUUUCACAACACAGACACUACUAAACUCUGUUGGGGUCGCCAGAAAUAAAGCUACUCCUGGUGCCAUUGCUAUUAACUGGAUUCUCAAGGAUGGCGCCGGUCGUGUUGGUAAAAUGCUAUUUGCUCGACAAGGGAAAAAGUUUGAUUAUGAUCUCAAGCAGCUACGUUUUGCAGGUGAUCUCCUUAUGGAGUUGGGUGCUGGGGUUGAGCUGGCAACUGCAGCUGCACCACACCUUUUUCUUCCUCUGGCUUGUGCUGCUAAUGUUGCAAAGAACGUUGCAGCUGUAACAUCAACGUCAACCCGCACUCCAAUCUACAAAGCCUUUGCAAAAGGAGAAAACAUUGGAGAUGUCACCGCUAAAGGAGAAUGUGUAGGAAAUAUAGCAGAUCUGCUAGGAACCGGACUAAGCAUAAUGAUUUCAAAAAGAAAUCCAUCUUUGGUUACUACUUUUGGUCUCCUUUCAUGCGGGUAUAUUUUCAGCUCUUAUCAAGAGGUCAAAUCCGUUGUGUUGCACACAUUGAACAGAGCGAGAUUUAAUGUAGCAGUAGAGUCAUUCAUCAAGACAGGGCGAGUACCCUCAUUGCAGAAGGGGAAUAUGAAUGAAAGAAUAUUAAGUUUCCCCUGGCUAAAGGAGACUCCUGUAGUUCUUGGACCAAGAUUCAAAGAUGCAUUCCAAGAUGCUGGUUCAUAUCUUGCCAUAGAGCCUUUGUUUGAUAGAGAGAACUACAUUGUGACAUACAAUCAAACUAAGGGUAAGGUAUAUGCAUUACUCAAAGAUCAAGCGAAGUCAGAUGAUAUCCUAAAAGCUGCUUUCCACGCUCAUGUGCUCUUACAUUUUAUACGCUCAUCAUAUGGGGCUCAGAACUCUUUGCGAAAACAAGGUGAUGCCUUUUCAAAUUCUAAGCCCACUACAACCAAUCUUGAGGGAGAAAUUGCCGCAUCAUGUAAAAUGGUCGCAACCUCUUAUGAGAUUUUCAAGAGUAAAGCUUCAGAGCAGGGAUGGGUGAUGGCAGAAUCGCUGCUCAAUCCUGGUAAAGCUCGAUUAUGUUACAGAUAAAAAAAAAUGGCCAACAUGCGUAGUUUCAUCAUUGCAGCAGAUAAUAUCUCAUAGAUACAAAGGCUUGGAUCAGAUAGCCAUUGAUGGGAUGAUGGGGAAUAUCAAGUCUCUUUGAUUCCUGAAGAUCCUUGUCCGAGCCCAGCCGGUUGCGCUCCGGUUGAUAGGUAAAAAACAAUGGUCCAAUUAAGGGUUCGAGUCUCUAUUGAAAUGGUAACAAAUACAGUUUGAAGUGUAACAAUAGGUAAGUUUAAUGUAUAUGUGCCUUUCCAGGUAUCUCUUUGUUUGCUGUUAGCAUUUAUGGUUAUUCUUAUUAAAUUUUGUUGCAAGUAUGUUUUUCCCACCGAGUAUUUUUGCAUAGUACAUAUAUCUUAGGCUCCUUCCGUAUUACUUGAUGAUGCGUUUCAACUCUCACUCCCAUUCCUCUCAUUAGAUUUAUGGUAGCUGGAGGAUUUGGUAAUCAGCUGUACUUUUUAUUUCUUCUCUCUGUUUUUUUUAAUACAAUAGAUAUGGGGGGUAGGGAUUUGCUGUAAUUGGCUGUACUUGUCAGCUGCCAUGUUGAUAAUUUCAGAACAUUUAGAGAGCUUAUUUCAUAAUGUUUGAUUACAACUUUCAAGAA